AGGGCACAAUUGUCACGUGUCAUGUAAUUAGAAGCAUGGCCCAUUAUUCAUUCAGGUCUAACUAAGCCUACCCCUCCCAACAAAAUUAUCUUAUAUUAUUAUUAUUAUUGCUUCCGUUUUCGAAAUCCACCAAUUAAAUUUAAUAACACAAUCUUCAUUAUCAUCCUCCUUCCCCUUCUCAUCUCUCAAUUCUCAAUUCUCAAUUCUCAAAUACCAUAUGCUUCCUCCAUAGAACCAUUUCACACCCUUCCUUUUUCUAUCUUCAAUCAUUAACUAAUUAUUCAAUUCAUCUAAUUAAAAGAUCUAUUCUAAAAUGGAUACUCUUUAUUGCUCAGAACAACACUGUGAGGAGGAACAACAAUAUGAACUACAAGAUUACUAUUACUGUAACAACACCACCACAAUUACAAACUUCAACAACAUUCCUUCUUCGUUUUUACAAAAAGACAUGUCUUGGAACAAUGAAGAGCUGAAAUCACUUUUAGCAAAACAGCAAGAAAACUCUAUAUGCAUCUUUCUGGAAACAAACUCGGUUUUGGAAAGUGAUCGAAGAGAAUCGAUUGAAUGGAUGAUGAAAGUGAAAGUUUAUUACUCUUUUUCUGCUCUAACAGCUGUUCUUGCUGUUAACUACCUUGAUAGGUUUCUGUUCAGUUUUCGUUUUCAGAAUGAGAAGCCAUGGAUGACUCACCUUGCUGCUGUUGCAUCUCUUUCACUUGCUGCUAAAAUGGAAGAGACCCAAGUUCCUCUUUUACUAGAUCUUCAAGUGGAAGAUAGUAGAUUUUUGUUUGAAGCAAAAACGAUUCAGAAAAUGGAGAUUUUGGUGCUUUCAACACUUGGAUGGAAAAUGAAUCCAGCAACUCCUCUUUCGUUUAUUGACUUUAUCAUAAGAAGACUUGGAUUGAAAGAUCGUCUUUGUUGGGAGUUUCUUAAGAGGUGUGAAAGUGUUCUUCUAUCUAUCAUUAGAUCAGAUUUCAGGUUUUUGAGUUAUCUACCUUCUGUAUUAGCAACAGCAAUAAUGAUACACGUUUUCAACAGUGUGGAGCCUAAUUUAGGAGAUGAAUACCAAAUCCAACUUCUUGGUAUUCUUGGAAUUAACAAAGAGAAGGUGGAUGAAUGUGGGAAGCUAAUGUUGAAAAUGUGGACAGGAUAUGAGGAGGGGAAGCAAUGCAAGAAACGCAAGUUUGUGUCAAUUCCAAGUAGUCCAAAUGGUGUAAUGGAUGUGUCAUUUAGCAGUGAUAAUUGGAAUGAUUCAUGGACAAUAGCAGCAGCAACAACAGCUAAUUCAGUUUCAUCUUCACCUGAGCCUUUGUCUAAGAAGAUCAGGACUCAAGAUCAGCUUCUAAUAAACUCUUCUACCAAUUCUGAUUUUCUCACCAUUCCUCAUUAGCUACUCAAAUUCAACUUCUUCACCUUUAAUUAUGCAUAAAAAAGAAUUAGCCUUUAUGUCAAGUAUCCUUCUUUUUUUUUUUCUCUUUUCGAGGGACAAAUUAAAUUGCCAACCAUCUCUCACUUGCCUACUCAUACAUCAAUUGUGAUAGACUAUCCUUGAACCUGAGAUGGACCUAUGGGACCAGAGCAGAGAUUAUUGGCAUUUUAUGAGGAACAAAUUUAUAUAUAAUGAAAUAAUAAUAAUUAUUAUAUAUAAAGAACAUGAGCAUAUCAAUUAGUGUAUUUAGUACUGUAUCUUGUACUUCAUCCAAAUGAAACCACUUCAUAAACAUCCAAAUCAAUAUCAAA